AUGAUUGAAAAAUACGAAAUAUUAGUUAAUCAUUGUAAUGAGGAUGAUGCCAAAAGUAAAGACAAUGAAUUUUCGGAUUAUUCUGAUUCUAGUUCUUCUAUCCAAAAUUUACCUUUGAUCGAAAAUGAAAGAAUCAAUCUUAUUACGGAAAAUUGGAUAACCCAUCGUAAAGAAACUGUUACUCGAAUUAAUCAAUUCAUUCAACGAGAUCAAAUUAUUUUGAUUAGUGCACCUCCAUUCACCGGAAAAACUUCCUUGUGUAUUUUAAUGAAAGAAUAUUAUAGAAAGAAAGGAAUUCCCGUAAUACAAAUUUGUUUCUUGGGUGUUGAAGAUAUGUCAUUUGAAGAAUUUUGGGUAAUUGAAACCGGAAGAAGUUGGAAAUACUGGUUAAAUCCUAAUCAUGGAGAACGAGUAAUAAUUUUAGAUGAAACUCAUCAUAUCUUUGUUGGUUCACAAUAUGAGACAUUUUGGUUACGGAUAAAAUCUUUAUGUAAACAAGCGUCACUUGGACAUCAAAAAACCAUUAAAAUAUUAGCUUUUUCAACAGGUGGUAAAUUAACAACUUCUAUUCCUAGUCCAAUCGAAUUUCAACGGAAAUUUGGAUUUGAAUUAAUUCGUUGUUUAAUUAAAUGGAUACUUAAUGGCAUUGACAAUUACUUUUCUUAUAGAGGAAUAAAUUAUAAAAUUACAACUGAUAUAGAAAUGAUGUCUUAUUUAAAAUCAUUUGAUUUCAUUGAACAUAUUAAAGCUCAUAGAGGAGCUCUUCGUUAUAAAUUUAAUAAAAAAGAAGAGGAUGUAAUAGAUAAGUUACUUCUCAAAAGCAGCAUUCAAAUAAAUUCUAUUGAUCCAGAUGAUGCUGUUUCUGAUUUACUUAAAUCAGGUAUAUUAAUUUAUAUCGAUAACAAAGGACCAGAGUUUGUUCUUAGGAAAGGUCGCGUUGGUUUCAUGUCUUCAGUGACUAGAUUACUUUCAUUUUUUCAUCGAUGCAUUUCAAUUAAACAUCCACUACAAGAUGGAUUCACAUUACAAGAUUUGGCGCGUGAAGCUUUAUCACGUAUGAAUUCAAAAGUUUUAACACAUAAUUUAGGACGUUCAAAAGAUGGUAUGAGAUUAUUGGAACGUGUAUGGCAAAUGGAAUUUUAUCGAGCAAUGUAUAGUUGUCUACCUGAUGAAAUACACAUAUCACCUGAAGUUGGGAGAAUGUUCGCGACAGAUGGAAUAGUUGAUUUUUAUAUUUCUGAACCUCAAUGGGCAAUUGAACUUUUGAUUGACGAUAAUAAUAUAACAUUGGAACUCGCUAGCCCUCAAAGAGGUCGAUAUUCUUCAAUACCGAUAAAAAGUUACUUGAUUCUCGACAUUCGUGAAACUAGAACAGUACAAAAAUCCUACCCAAACACUUGGCACAUCACCCCUAAUGAAGAUUUUACAACAUUUAAUGUAUUAGAAGGUACCAACCCAUUUGAUAUCUCAACAAAGCGAGGUUAUCCACCAAGUUUAGAUAUGCCAACAUCAACUUUAGAACAUAAAGCAUUAGAAUAUGAAAUUUUAAAUUUGAAGAGAAAACGUUGUCUUAGUUAUGAAGAUGACGACGACGACGAGGAUAUUCAGGAGGCGAGAAGACAACAAAAUCGACGUGAUAUUGUAGAGAGUUUAGAGAAACUUAUUGAUUUUUUAACCAAACGAGAGAAGUAUCUUAGAGAAAAUGGAGCGAUUGAAGAAGCAAAUGAUGUACAAAGACAACUCGAACAACUUUAA